AUGAUUCCUAGUAUCUUGUGUACCGUGUGCUGCCACCCAUGUGCUGCCACCCAUGUGCUGCCACCCAUGUGCUGCCACCCAUGUGCUGCCACCCAUGUGCUGCCACCCAUGUGCUGCCACCCAUGUGCUGCCACCCAUGUGCUGCCGUCCAUGUGCUGCCACCCAUGUGCUGCGUCACUCUGCUGCAUCACGUUCUUGUGUGCUGCUACACCCGUCUGGCAGGUGGAGGAGAGGGGGGGAGAGAUGGCAGCAGAAUUGGCAGCAGUGAGGAAAGAGCUGGCUGAGCAGCGCGAUAGGGCUGAGAGAAGGAGAGAAGCCGAUUUGAGAGAGCUGAGGGAGGAGAUGAGGGUGAGAGAGGAUGAGAUGAGGGCGGAGUUGGCAAGGGUGAGGGAGGAGAUGAGGAGGGAGGUGCAGGAGGUGAUUUGGCCACGUGUCUUGGAGGGAUUGGCAGAGUGUAGAAAAGGAGUGACUGUUGACCUGGGAAUCAUCCAGAGUGAAGGCCAUGAGAGGACUGCUUGGGAGGUGAGUGCUGGUUUGAGUGAUUUCUUUGACAGGGCAUGCAUUUGCCUGGGCAUGCAUGUGACGGGGCAUGCAUGUGACAGGGCAUGCAUGUUGACAGGGUAA